GUGAUUUUCAAACACAUGGCACUGCCCAUGAAAAGGCUCAGGUUUUCUGCCCUCUUUCUGUCGGUCACUCUUUAUCAACACCCAUCCUACGCGCAUUUUGAAGUCAGGAAACGUCAGCUAAUUACUGUAUAUGUCUUCCCCAAUUUCCUGAAAAGGCCAAAAGAGCAUAGAGGCGAAGUCAAUCAGCACUGACCAAAAACCGCAAGUUCCGAGUCCGAUGGAAGUUAAAUGGGACGAAACCGCCCCUUCUUGGCAGCUGUGGAAGGACGACAACACGUCAGUCUCCUGCCGGAAUUAUAAGACGAGAUUCGCCAAAGGGCUUCCUCGGACGUACCUCGUGUCUUUCCCCGGGUCUGGCAACACCUGGAUCCGCUACCUGCUGGAGGCUGCGUCGGGCGUCUUCACGGGCUCCGUCUACACUGAUGCCGAGAUUAGGAACGCGGGGUACCUCGGCGAAGGAGACCGAGCCGACAGCGGCCGUACCCUCGUUCAGAAAACCCACGGCGGGGCGCUGACCAAGGCACAUAACGACCUCGUCUCGCGCUACAACUUCAUCAAAGCCGAUGUUCCGGUUGUGCUCAUCAUCCGGGAUCCCGCUAGGGCGCUCCUGUCCUACUGGAAGUUCCUGCACGGGCGAGGCAAGGGAAGCCACACAAACCAAGUGUCCGAGAAAACCUACAGAACGGCAGAGUUCCGGCGGCACGUGGAGAGAAUGGUGCCGCGCUGGGAGGAGCUGGUGAGCGACCGCCUCCUGUGGCAGAAGGCCCCCAUCUACGUCCUGUACUAUGACCUCGUCGUCAAGAACCCGGUCCAUCACGUCAGAGAAGUGCUCAAGUUUCUCAGGGUUCCGGUAGACGAGGGGCGCCUGGCGUGCCUCGGGUCCCACCUCAGCGGCACCUUCAAGCGCCCUGAGAAGAAGGAACUCGACCCUUUCACCUACAGCGAGAAGAAGCUGAUGUCGUUGGCGGUAAUGAGAAUAUCGAGGCUGCUGAGACUGAGAGGCUUCCCUGUGCCUCCGCCGUAUCCUUCCAUAGCCAACAUCUCGGACAACUAUCCACACUGAAUCCGUGUUGUUAGCGGCGAGGUUCCUUCGUUUAUUUAGCUGUCAAUAUGUCUCUUUAUUUAAGGGGGGUAUUUUUCGAUUUUAUUUUUUCACUUUACUUUUCAGGUUAUUUUUUUGUGUGUGUAUGUGUGUGUGUGUGAGUGUUUGUUGGAUUUUAAAGAUUUGAUAAUAAAAGAUUGACUUCA